AAAGCCAAACCGUACAGAUGGAGGACUGGAAUGAGGAAAGAUCUACAAACACAAAUGAGGACUGGGAAUCAGACAUGGUAAGUUUUGGUUUUGUGUGUUUGCAGGUGUAUGUGUUUGUGUGUAGUGAUGAUCGUCACAGUGUGGGGACAAAAAUCUGUUUACGGUUACAUCAUGGGGACCAAAAAUCAGGUCUCCAUAAGGGAAAUCCAUUUAAAUGAAUAGAGGAGCUAUUCUGAAGUUGCUGGUGAAGUUUUUUUUUUUUACAUUGGUCUAUUACACAUUUAUCAGUAGAGGUGUGUGUGUGUAAGGGGUGCUCAUUUUUACCCCAAAACAAUUCUGGCUCAUAAUGCAGUCACUUCUUCACACACACAAAUAUUCCAAAUAUGUUUGGGUACAACCCACUUCCUAGUCCUCGUUAGCAAGAAUUUCAGCAGAAAAAUGAAAAUGUAAGUGUUAAAUUGACACUACAUACGGAGAACAAGGAAGAAGAUUAUUUGCAGGAGAUGCCAACUAAGGAUCUAAGAACUUUUGCAGAGGAUAAAAAGUGAAACACAAGUCAUCAGGAGUCAGCUCCCUUAAGGAUGUCAUGCAUCAUAUUGUUUCAAAGACUGACAAAACAUUCAAAUUAGAGGUGAAGUAUAUCAAUGCAGUGAAAGGGCAUGGUCUAUUUGCAAAGGGUUCCAUUUGCAAAGGUGAAUUUGUUGUUGAAUAUAGGGGAAAUAUAAUAAAUGAUGCAGAGUUGCAGAGCAGAAGAAAACGUUACCACACAUCCAGUGCUGCAUUUAUGUUUGAGUUUAAGUGGAGAGGGAAAACAUGGAGUAUCGAUGCCUCUAGAGAAGAUGGAUCGUUUGGGCGGAUAGUUAAUGAUGACCACAAACAUCCAAACUGUGAGAUGAAGAAAAUUGAUGUGAAUGGAAAGAUACACCUUUGUUUGUUUGCCCUGAAUGACAUUAAAGAAGGAGAAGAAAUUACAUAUGAUUAUGGAGGAGAAGACUACCCAUGGAGAACACAAACGACCAGCAUUGCUGCUAAUACCAAGGCAGAAGGUGACUCUGAUCCUUCCCUCAGGUCACAGACUCCGAUCAAUGAUGCUACUGGUCAAAAUAGCUCCCCUCAACAAAUUGUGACACAGCUCCGAAAUGAAAAAGAGAUUUUUGUACCAAGACUGAGACCGACUAAAAGUUUAAUAAUGAAAGACAAAAAUCUUGAAGAUUCUGUUGAACUUUUUGAUUCUACACCAGAGAGUUCAGAUGAUUACUUUACAGAUACCACUUCUGAAAGUGACUUUGACAGUGAUGCUAAUCUUAUACCAAACCAGACAAAACUUCAGCUUCUUUAUGAUGAACUGGAUGUUGAUGAUUCUGGCUCACUUAGUUCCCUUGACUGUGACACAGCAACACCAGAAAAAAGGCACAGCCUUGCAUCUGAAGCAUCUGGAACAGAAGAACCAUGUUCAAGUCAGAAUGCAAUAGAUGGCGUAGUUGUUAGUGCGUACCAAAAAAGAGGUGUUAGUAGAGUGUACAACAAGAGACAUUACUGCUUGUAUUGCUGUAAGCCUUAUGCUAAGAUGGCAAGGCAUCUAGAAAGUUCACAUGCAAAUGAAUCCGAUGUGGCUAAAGCGCUAAGCUUUCCAAAGAGUUCCAAGGAGAGAAAAAAACAGCUAGAUUAUAUUCGCAACAGAGGAAACUAUGCUCACAAUGCUGCUGUUAUGGAAUCAGGAAAGGGGGAACUAGUGCCAUAUAAACGGCCAUCCAAAGAAGCACAGGGAAAAGAUUUCAUGCAUUGUGCAUACUGUCAAGGACUUUUUGCAAGAAAGGUCCUGUGGCGACAUAUGCGCACUUGUAUACUUCAACCUCAAUCGGUCCCCCUCAAACCAGGAAAAAAACGUGUUCAGUCGAUGUGUAUAUACACAGGGCCUGUGCCUUCAAACAUGACUAAACAACUAUGGGAAGUAAUUAGUGUCAUGAAUCUUGACCCAAUCACAGAUAUAAUAAAAAAAGACAAAGUAAUUAUUGAUAUUGGUCAGCAUUUGUUAAACAUAGGUGGGCUAUCAGCCAAGAAUAAACGGUGUGUGCGAGACAAGAUGCGAGAAUUGGGAAGGUUGGUUCACAAUGCUAGGAGAGUCACCUCCUUAAAAACAAUGGAAGAUUGUGUGAAUCCAAAGAAGUACAUGGAGACUGUCAAAGCUGUCAAGUAUACAUGUGGGUAUGAAUCUGACAAGUUUAUGAUUCCAUCACUUGCAAAGAAGCUUGGGAAUUCUCUGCUUCAAGUAAGCAAACUCUUAAAAGCUCAGGGCUUAUUGUCAAAUGACAAACAGCGAGUGAAGAAUGCCAGUGAGUUUCAAGACGUCCAUCAGGAAAAGUGGAACGAAAUGAUCUUAGACACAGCAUUGAGGAAUAUUAGGGAAGCAAAGUGGAAUGUGCCCGCUCUCAUGCCCUUUACUGAAGAUGUCCAAAAAAUGCACACAUAUCUCGGUCAAGUGCAAGAUGAGUGGUACAAAUCACUCUCUGAAAGUUCCUCUACUAAAGCCUGGAUGGAGCUGGCAAAGGUUUGUCUAGCCCAGAUAAUUCUCUUUAACCGGCGCAGGGGAGGAGAGGUGGCGAGCAUGCCAUUGUCUGUGUUUUUUUCAAGAGACACUUCUGAUCCACAUGACGGUGUGGACUGGGCACUGUCCGAAGUAGAAAAUAAACUCUGCAGACACUUCUCAAAGAUUAUCACCAUGGGAAAGUGUGGUCAACCAGUUCCAAUUCUUCUGACUCCAAAAAUGCUGUGUUCCUUAGAACUCCUUGUUAAGCAGAGAGAGCCUUGUGGGGUUCUAAAAGACAAUGGUUACAUGUUUGCAAGGCCAGAAGCCAUGACACAUUUCCGAGGGUCAGACUGCCUCCGUGGCUUUGCAAAAGCAUGUGGUGCAAAGUGUCCCAAAUCACUGACAUCUACCAGACUGCGAAAGCAUGCUGCAAUCCUUUCAACAGUGUUGAAUAUGACCGAAACGGAGAUGGACCAGCUUGCAAACUUUCUUGGACAUGAUAUAAAAAUUAAUCGUGAAUUCUGCCGACUCCCUGAGAAGUCCCUGCAACUCGCCAAGAUCUGCAAAGUUCUAAUGGCUCUCGAACAAGGAAGAUUAGCUGUGUUCCAUGGCAAGAACUUGGAUGAAAUUGUGAUAGAUCCUGAUGAAAAAGUUCUGGAAAGUGAUGAAGACAGGAUAAUACAAGAGGGACACUGUUCAUCUACUGUUUAUGAACCAAUAGCAGAGGAGGCACUUCCUCCUGCUGAGAGGAAUGACAUGCCACCACCACCCAAAAGACAAAAACCACCAUCACCAUCACCACCUUCAGGACCCAGUGCUGUGAGGCCUUGUUUUCAAGGUCAAACUACCCAUAAGAAAAAUCCCUGGCAGCAGACAGAGGUGCAGGCGGUGGAAAGGCACAUGAUGCGAUUCAUCACAUCUUUUACUGUACCAGGAAAGAGUGACUGUGAGAAGUGUUUAAAGGCUGAACCAGGAGCUCUAAAGAACCGGGACUGGAAGAAUGUGAAAUUCUUCAUAUAUAACCGUAUUACAGCCUAUAAAAAGAGUUUGCAGUGCAAAUAAUAUGAAGAUUACCAACUCUCUGGUAUGGCAGUUUUCGUUUACAAUAGCCUUUUUUCUCUCUUCCAUUGAAUUUUGAGGUAGGUAUCCAAAGAGGUCAAAACUCCAGCAUAAAUAUAUACUGCCCUACAAAGGCAAAGUGCAGUAACUACGCAAACACUGAAACGGAGAAAAAUGCCUUUAAAGUUUUUACAUCAGCCAGUCAAACAUAUUGUGGGUAGAUUAGUGGCAAUGCAUUCAUUUAAAGCCUUAGGAUGAAAUUUUUUAUAGAUAAAAACCAUGACCACUGAUGUGAGCUUUGACCACCAAAAUGCAGAUACUGCACUCUGCCUUUGGAUGACCUUAAACAACUACAACACUAUUGCAAAAGCAAAAUGCAGUACCUACAAACUAAAUCAGAUACAAAACUAGUUCAUCCAGCUUUCUUGUUGUGUUUCUUGCUACAUGUUUAUUGUUUUUAAUAACUUUAAUAGUUUUAUUGAUGUUUGCAUGUUGUGAAUGUUAAAAUUACUCAGUAGUAAGCCUCAAGAUCGUCUUAUCGCAGUGCUCCUUUCACCACAAAGAGUGUUUUGCUCUUUUUUUUUUAAUUUAAAAAGUAAUUAAUUACAGACCAAGUAGUUAAAACAGUAGUUAAAAAUUCACACAAUUUAAACUUUUCCUAACAAUAUAACUAGGGAUGUCAUAAAGGAAAAUACGGGUUAAUUGUGAUUCUUUAUAGGAAAAUAAGGGACAGAAUAAGGGAUGCUCAAAAUAUUUGUACUGUACCACAUCCUGUGCAUCAUUUCCAUGUCUGCAGUUAAGUAUAUAUAAGGUGUAUAAAAGGUUCUCAGAAAAAAUCUCACUUGUUUGCUUAACGUAUUUAUGUACAAUUAUUCUAAAAGUAAUUUUACACACAAACCACUGGCCUGUGAAAUUGUGAAAGAAGUCAUCCCUCAGGUAGAUUGUAUGUGUUCUUGCCUAGCUGAGUGCGCGUGUCCAAUGGCAGGUAAGGGGACGCCCCUUAACCGAGCGUAUAUAGCUCCUGCACGCGCUACCUUUCCUCAGUGAGCAUAUUCGCUUCUCGUGCAGCAAGCGGGGCAAACUUGGUGGAUCUCUCCACUCGAUGUUUCAGAGAACCGGGGUUACGAACAGUAACCUAUUGUUCUCUUUCAUCAUCUCGUGUUCGAGAUCCACCUAUGGGAGAUAUGGACAACUCCCCAGUUGUCCAGUACACUCACAGCGAGGCCCUGUAAGCCAAAGGGCGGUCACCUGGCAAGGCGGUGCUUGACACGUCACCAAGUAUCUGACCCCACACAAAGUGAGAAUGCAAUACCGGCCAUGUAAGAAAUGACAUGUGGUAACAUGCAUACUAGACCUGACAACAACAUAAUGCCAAGGCAUAUAUUAUAGAAAUAUACAUAUGUAUAUAUUGACAUAUACAUGCAUAUAAAUAUAAUAAUGUGUCAGGGGAGGGUACAGAUGACCUGCUUAAUGAGAUGAAUGAGCCGGGCUGGACAACCCAGGCUUAAAAAGGUGUAAAGGGCCUAAGGGCACAAGGCUACAAAGAGCCCACACCUAAAACAGAGUAAGCUACCGGAGUGCAGGUAACAUCAAGCCGGUAGUAUUUGACAAAUGUGUGUAGAGAGGCCCAGCUUGCAGCGGCACAAAUGUCCUGCAAGGAAACCCCUUUAAACAGAGCUUGCAAGGCCACUAUGUCCCUAGUGAAUUGCGC